ACUGACCUCCUUCUUGAUACUUGCUGGUCCUCCCUCAGUUCUGCCCACCUCCCCUCCUGCUGGUCAAGCCCAUUAAGCCGCUGCCCUGGCCACAACUGAGGGCCCCACGCCCCAGGGAGGAAACCACUGAAGAGGCGUCUCUGCUCCCUUGCACCCCAAACCAUCAAUUAAUAUUAACGAGGGAAGGCUGCACAGGGCCUAAAGACCCCCAACGGGGUGCAGGUGGCAGGGCCCCGCCCCAUGACUCAGGAAGUUAAAGGACCUGGGGCCAUCUGGGAGCCCAGAGUAUUCCGAUGGCAGGCAGCGACGGGAGGGUCACAAUCCAGCUGGUGGCUGAAGAUGCGGAGACUGGCGCCUGGGACCCACAGCCCUUUCGAGGCCAGAGCUACGAGGCAAUCAGAGCAGCCUGCCUGGAUUCAGGGAUCCUGUUCCGCGACCCCUACUUCCCUGCUGGACCUGAUGCCCUUGGCUAUGACCUGCUGGGGCCAAACUCAGAAAAAGCCAAAGGGGUGGAAUGGAAGAGGCCCAGAGAGUUUUGUGCUGAGCCCCAGUUCAUCUGUGAGGACAUGAGCCGGACAGACGUGUGUCAGGGCAGCCUGGGAAACUGCUGGUUCCUCGCGGCUGCCGCCUCCCUCACUCUGUACCCCCGGCUCCUGUACCGGGUGGUCCCCCCUGGACAGAGCUUCCGAGAUGGCUAUGCAGGUGUCUUCCAUUUCCAGCUCUGGCAGUUCGGUCGCUGGGUAGAUGUCGUGGUGGAUGACAGGCUCCCAGUGCGUGAGGGGAAGCUGAUGUUCGUGCGCUCAGAGCAGCGGGAUGAGUUCUGGGCCCCGCUCCUGGAGAAGGCCUAUGCCAAGCUCCAUGGCUCCUACGAGGUGAUGCGAGGUGGCCACAUGAAUGAGGCUUUUGUGGACUUCACCGGCGGCGUGGGCGAGGUUCUCUACCUGAGAGGCAACACGCCGGGCCUCUUCUCGGCCCUCCGCCAUGCCCUGGCCAAGGAGUCCCUGGUGGGCGCCACUGCCCUGAGUGACCGGGGCGAGUACCGUACAGAAGAGGGGCUGGUGAAGGGGCAUGCGUAUUCAGUCACAGGCACGCACAAGGUGUCCCUGGGCUUCACCAAGGUGCGGCUGCUGCGGCUUCGGAACCCAUGGGGCCGUGUGGAAUGGUCCGGGGCAUGGAGUGACAGCUGCCCUCGCUGGGAUACGCUGCCCCCGGAGUGGCGAGAUGCCCUGCUGGUGAGGAAGGAGGAUGGUGAGUUCUGGAUGGAGCUGCAAGACUUCCUUCAGCAUUUCAACACCGUCCAGAUCUGCUCACUGAGCCCCGAGGUGCUGGGCCCCAGCCCGACCGGGGGCGGCUGGCACAUCCACACCUUCCAGGGCCGCUGGGUGCGUGGCUUCAACUCUGGUGGGAGCCAGCCUACCGCGGAGACCUUCUGGACCAAUCCCCAGUUCCGGCUGACUCUGCUGGAGCCCGAUGAGGAGGAAGAGGAUGAGGACGAUGAAGGGGCGCCCUGGGGAGGUUGGGGGGCCGCAGGGGCGAGGGGCCCUGCAAGGGGGGGUCGCACCCCCAAAUGCACGGUCCUCUUGUCACUCAUCCAGCGCAACCAGCGGUGCCUAAGGGCCAAGGGCCUCACUUACCUCACUGUGGGCUUCCAUGUAUUCCAGAUUCCAGAGGAGCUGCUGAGCCUCUGGGACUCGCCGCGCAGCCGCGAGCUCCUGCCUGGGCUGCUGCGCGCCGACCGCUCGGUCUUCUGCGCCCGCCGCGACGUGAGCCGCCGCUGUCGCCUGCGCCCCGGCCAUUACCUCGUGGUGCCCAGCGCUUCCCGCGUUGGCGACGAGGCCGACUUCACGCUGCGUAUCUUUUCCGAGCGCAGUCACACAGCAGUGGAGAUCGAUGACGUGAUCAGCGCUGACGUGGAGACCCUCAUGGUCCCCUCCAAGCCCCUGGAGCUGCAGUUGGUGCAGCUGUUUCUGGAGCUGGCUGGGGAGGAGGAAGAACUCAAUGCCCACCAGCUCCAGACUUUAUUGAGUAUUGCCCUGGAGCCAGCCAGAGCCAGCACUAGGAACUCCGGGGAGAUCGGGCUCAGGACCUGUGAGCAGCUGCUGCAGUGUUUUGGGCAUGGGCGGAGCCUGACCCUGCACCACUUCCAGCAGCUCUGGGGCCACCUGCUGAUGUGGCAGGCCACAUUUGACAAGUUUGAUGAGGACACUUCUGGGACCAUGAACUCCUAUGAGCUGCGGCUGGCGCUGAAUGCUGCAGGUUUCCACCUGAACAACCAACUGACCCAGGCCCUCACCAGCCGCUACCGGGACAGCCGGCUGCGUGUAGACUUUGAGCGCUUCGUGUCCUGUGUAGCCCAGCUCACCUGCAUCUUCCGCCACUGCAGCCAGCAUCUGCACGGGGGUGAGGGGGUCGUGUGUCUGACCCACAGACAGUGGACAGAGGUGGCCACCUUCUCCUAGGAUGUGGGGUCAAUGCCUGCUGCCCAGGCCCUGCCCCUCUGCAUCUAGAACCAGCUGCGUGCCUGGCUCACUCACUGACAAGAGCACCUCUCUAUCAGCACCUGCACUUGCUGCCACUUGUGUUAGUCCCUAAGGGGCCCAUGGUACCUUUGAUUUUACACAGGAUGGGAAUGGGGUCUCUGGGCUCACGUGCUUUCCCGAGGUAGAGAAUGGACAGCACAGAGAGGACACUGUCGGGCUCCUUCUUAAAAAUAUUACAUGUUUUAUUAUCCUGUCCCCAGGAGGGUGGUUUAUCCAGAAACCAAGAAAAAAUCAAUCAGAAUAAAUUCAGAAAGGGGUGGGGAGGCAAAACCAUCAACUACCAGGCAGCCAGGCCAGCAGCCCGCCUCCACCUGGGGCGGUCCCCAGAGACCCUGCCGAUGCAGCCGAGGACAACCAGGAGGGGGCUGGGAGGGCAGCACAUCAGCUAUGUCUUCAUUAGGAGAGCAAGAGACGCGGCAGAGAUAUGUUGCUAGGUGAAUAUAUAUUUAUAUAAUAAAUCCGUAAGUUAAUAAAGUAAAUAGUAAUCUUCUGAAAGUUUUUAAUUUUUGUUUUUAAAAUUUUUUUGUGGCUUUUUUGUUUUUGUUGUUUUUUUGUUUUUGUAUUUUUGUUGUUUUAUUUUGGUCCUUAGAAAAUCUGAGACGGCAAGUCCAGACAAAGCAAGGCCAGGGCAGCCUGGAGCCAGGGCCCAAGCUGCUGGGUUGGCCCAGUGGGUAUCUGUAGCGCCCUCUGCUGGACCCUUUGUAGGGCAGGGUAGUUCCUGGACAAGGCACAUGGGGCUUUGGCCUGGAUGUGGGAGGCCUGGAAGGGACCUCAAGGGCAAAUGGAAGGACCCAGGGGCUGGGGGUGGUGGCAGUGGAGGGGCAUCCCAGGGCACAGAGGGGACCUGCUUUCCUAUGGGGGAUCUGCUGUCUCCUCCACAUAGGUUUAAAAAAAAAAAAAAC